AUGAAUGUGGAAGAUCGCAAGAAAUUGGAAAUUAAAAUUGGUUUUAAAGUUGUGAAAAAGGCAAAUGAAGAUGAGGUACAGAAAGACACAGAAGAUGCUAAUAAACAGCUGGCAUCAGAAGAAAAAGAAGAUCAGCCUGGUGUAUCUCCAUCAAAUGAUGUUGGAUUUAAAAAGGUUUUUAAAUUAGUUGGAUUCAAAUUUACAGUUAAAAAGGAUAAAACAGAGAAAGCUGAACCUGUUCAGCUAUUGGAUGUAAAGCCAGAGGUUGCAGAAGGGUCAAGUGACGUAGCUGGAGACUAUAAACAACUCAUGACAGAGACAGUGGGAGAAGCCACACAAAGUGAAAUCACUGCCUCUGUAGACAAGACUGAGGAAGAAGCUGAGGAGAUGAAAGGAGAAACCUCCUCCGAGAAAGUAACAGAAAGCCCUGUGGAAGCAGAAAGCAAAGAGGCAGAAAUCAAAAACAAUGGGAUUAAAUCUCCAGAUUCUCCAGUAAGCCCAUCAACUGCUGAAACUGCAUCCACCUCUGAGAAAGUUUUUUACUCAGAGUUGGGCUGGGUUUAG